CACGGGCGGCGCGAUGGCGGCGGCGGCGAUGGCCGUGUCCGAGGCCUGGCCGGAGCUGGAGCUGGCCGAGCGCGAGCGGCGGCGCGAGCUGCUGCUGACCGGGCCCGGGCUGGAGGAGCGGGUGAAGGCGGCGGGCGGGCGGCUUCCGCCGCGGCUCUUCACGCUGCCGCUGCUGCACUACCUGGAGGUGAGCGGCUGCGGCAGCCUGCGCGCGCCGGGGCCCGGCCUCGCGCAGGGCCUCCCGCAGCUGCACAGCCUGGUGCUGCGGCGCAACGCGCUGGGGCCGGGCCUGAGCCCCGAGCUGGGGCCGCUGCCCGCGCUGCGCGUCCUCGACCUGUCCGGCAACGCGUUGGAGACGCUGCCGCCCGGCGAGGGCCUGGGCCCCGCCGAGCCCCCCGGACUACCGCAGCUGCAGAGCCUCAACCUCAGCGGCAACCGCCUGCGCGAGCUGCCCGCCGACCUGGCGCGCUGCGCCCCUCGCCUGCAGAGCCUCAAUCUCACCGGCAACCGCCUGGACGCCUUUCCCCCCGAGCUCUUCCGGCCAGGAGCUCUGCCCCUGCUCAGUGAGCUGGCAGCUGCCGACAACUGCCUGCGGGAGCUCAGCCCAGACAUCGCGCAUCUUGCCUCGCUCAAGACAUUGGACCUCUCCAACAACCAACUAACAGAGAUCCCUGCUGAGCUGGCAGACUGCCCCAAGCUCAAAGAGAUCAACUUUCGAGGAAACAGGCUUCGAGACAAGCGCCUGGAGAAGAUGGUGGGUGGCUGCCAGACCAAGUCCAUCCUAGAGUACCUUCGUGCUGGUGGCCGCGGCGGCCGGAGCAAGGGCCGGCAAGAGGCCUCUGAGAAGGAGGACAGAAAGAAGAGACGGGAGCGGAAGCAGCAUCGGGAAAGCGGGGAGGGCGAGGAGGAGGUAGCAGACUCAGCCAGGCUGAUGCUCAAGGUCUUGCAUGUCUCUGAGAACCCCACACCCCUGACAGUCAGGGUGAGCCCGGAGGUCAAGGAUGUGCGCCCAUACAUCGUCGGGGCCAUUGUGAGAGGCAUGGACCUGCAGCCAGGAAAUGCACUCCGUCGCUUUCUCAACUCCCAGACGAAGCUCCACGACGACCUCUGCGAGAAGAGGACAGCAGCGACCAUCGCGACCCAUGACCUCCAGGCUGUGCGUGGACCCCUGCUGUAUGCAGCCCGGCCGCCCGAGGACCUCAAGAUUGUGCCUUUGGGACGGAAAGAGGCCAAGGCCAAGGAGCUCGUGCGGCAGCUGCAGCUGGAGGCCGAGGAACAGAGAAAGCAGAAGAAGAGGCAGAGCGUCUCAGGGCUGCACAGGUACCUUCACCUCCUGGAUGGGAAGGAGAACUACCCCUGUCUUGUGGAUGCCGAGGGAGACGUGAUUUCUUUCCCUCCUAUAACAAACAGUGAGAAGACAAAGAUUAAGAAAACCACCUGCAACUUGUUCUUGGAAGUAACGAGUGCCACUAGCCUGCAGCUCUGUAAGGACAUCAUGGACAGCCUUAUCCUGAGAAUGGCAGAACUGAGCAAAAGCACUUCAGAAAAUAAAGAGGAAGACAUGCUCUCAGGGACGGAAGCUGAUGCCGGCUGUGGGCUUUCUGAUCCCAACUUGACUCUGAGCUCUGGGAAGGAUGGACAGUGCCCUCUGGUGGUGGAGCAGGUCCGAGUGGUGGACCUGGAAGGGAGCUUGAAGGUGGUGUACCCAUCCAAGACGGACCUGAUCACCCUCCCUCCCCACGUGACUGUGGUCCGCUGACAGGCUCCUGUAGGUGUGGGUGUGCUGUAGGUGUCUGUGUGGGUGUGGGUGUGCUGUAGGUGUCUGUGUGGGUGUGGGUGUGCUAUAGGUAUCUGUGGGUGUGCUGUAGGUGUCUGUGUGGGUGUGCUGUAGGUGUCUGUGUAGGUGUGGGUGUGCUGUAGGUGUCUGUGUGGGUGUGCUAGGUGUCUGUAUAGGUGUGGGUGUGCUGUAGAUGUCUGUGUAGGUAUGGGUGUGCUGUAGAUCUUUGUAGGUGUAGGUAUGCUGUAGGUAUCUGGGUGUGGGUAUGCUGUAGAUGUCUGUGUAGGUGUGGAUAUGCUGUAGGUAUCUGGGUGUGCUGUAGGUGUCUGUGUGGGUGUGGGUGUGCUGUGGGUGUCUGUGUGGGUGUGCUGUAGGUGUCUGUAGGUGUGGGUAUGCUGCAGGUGUGGGUGUGCUGUAGAUCUCUAUAGGUGUGGGUGUGCUGUAGGGGUCUGUGUGGGUAUAGGUGUGGGUGUGCUGUAGAUUCUGUGUAACUGGUUCUUUGCUGUUUCUCUGGGUGUUUUAAGGUGUCUGCUUUUGUCCAGGUGACUGUGGUAAUGUGAGUUUGCAUCAUCAUCAUAGCUCCAAUGUGACUCUCCUGUCUCCUGUCCUCAUGGAUCACUCAGUAACUGCUGGGGAUGUUCUGAAUCAUGUGGCCUGUGGCCGUGCUGGAGAGUCAGGUUGAACGCAGGCAUUCUAUUGAACAGUAUUUAUUUUUCUACAACAUGUUAAUAGAAUUUUUUUUUAAAUCAGCUGUGCAUAGACAGUUGAGAACAUCAUGUUGUGAGUGUAAUCUUCUUAGAGCUUGUUUCCAGGCACCGUGCUGCCGCCAUGCUCCCAGGGCAGCAUCUGCCUUCCACGGCUGUGCUUGGAACUGUAGUGCUGGUCGUUGUUGGCACAUCUGCGCCUUGGCCAAGGAAGUUAUCUAUGUCCGUGUAGUCCUUUGUAGUCAGACAGAUGCUUCGUGGACUGUGCCUCACACAUGGCCCUGCAGGCUCCAUGUCAGCGUGUCCCACUAUUCAUGUCCCAUCUCUGUGCAUCCUGACUGCGCACAUCCCAUCUCCGCAUGUGUACGCAUCUGUACCAGCACACAGCUGCCAUCCCUCGAGCCACAGUGCCUGGUCCUAAGGACCCAGCAGCUGCACAGAGGACUUGGUGGCCCCGUGCCUUGCCAUCUGGCUGAGAAGAGAACCAGACCCUCAGCCUUCCCCCUCGACACCUUCUCGUUGGUGACCUCUGACCUUAAAGGACCAUUUCUACCUUCUGUAAAAGAACACCUGUUUGGGGUUGCGUGCGGCUUUCAUCCUAAGGCCGUGCGAGAGCCGUUAGCUGUCAGAACUAGUGAAGCUCCAGGCUCCUCGUGGCAGACCCUGGACAACGCUGGUAGCUGUUCUCCAUGAGACACGGCUGCUCACAGGUCCCUUUGAGUGGCUGUGGCAAGUACUCACCUACUAAGUGUUUAGGGUGGAGCUAUCCUGUGCUCACCCUGUCUCCCCCCAGUUCCUGCUGUUCCCUCCAGCCCAGCCCAGCCCAGGUGUGAGAUUCAUUGAGAUUUUUGAAACUGUUUUUACAGAUUCAAGCAGAACGCCUCUUUGUUCUAAUAAAAACCCUUGGUAACGAC